AAAAAUUGAUGAGGUCUUGAUGGGUGAGGGAAAAAGCUCAGUUUUCAAACUUUCCAGCCACAUCCACCAGAGAACAACAGAACACUCCUUCAUUGUAGUCAACAGACAUAGGAAGGCAUGUAACUCUUCUUUACUGAAGGAAGGCAGUGGGUCAAUCUUUACAGUUGACAGCAGGAUCUGUCUGCAAUCAUCACAAACCACAUGGCCUCACUGCUGACACUAACCAAAUUUCAGUGCUAAUGGUUGCUCUAUAAGUGAUUCCAGCAGAACAGAUGCUAAAGGCUGUGGAUAUUCAUUUCAUAGAGAUUCACCUUACUUUCAAAGUUUAUUUAUGGAACUGAAAAUAACUACUUAGCUUGAAUGGAAUCUUUCUAUGACCAAAUUUUCUGCAAACUUCCCUCACUUCCAGAAGAAUUUCAAACUCGAGCCCAAACAGAAUUAAAUGAAACUAAAGACAAACGAGAUGAAUGUUUAACACAAAUACGAGAACUAAUUAAAUCUGACAACAAUAUAGAGGCAUGUUUUCCAACUGAAGAUGAUGACCACCUCCUUAGAUUUCUCAGGUCUAAAAAAUUUGAUGUUGAAAGAACAUUUGAGCUGAUCAAAAGCCAUGUUAAAUUUAAAAGAAAGUACCCUGAAGUCUCAGAAGACCUGACAUUUGAAUCUGUUCGAGAAUGUUUGUUAAAUGGCUUUCCAAGUAUUUUACCAGAACGAGAUGCACAGGGAUGUAUUGUGCUGCUGUUCAGUAUAGGGAACUGGGAUCGAAACAAAUUCCCUAACGAUGUGGUAUUGAGGUCUUAUCUCUUUCUCUUGGACUAUCUACUCUUGAAUGAAGAAACUCAACUGAAUGGCAUUACUAUUGUAGAGAACUUCAAGAAUUACACAUUACUACAAGCACUGACAACUCGUCCCUCUGACAUGAAGAAAAUGGUCGAGAGCAUACAAGGGACAUUUCCUUCUCGGUUUAAAGGAGCACACUUUAUCUAUCAGCCCUGGUACUUUACUCACACCGUCAGGCUUAUAAAGCCCUUUCUGAAGACAAAACUAGCAAGUAGGGUAUUUUUGUAUGGCUAUGAUCUCGAACCUUUCUGGCAAUGUUUUAAACCUUCCAUGAUUCCUGUUGAUUUGGGCGGUACAGGACCAUGCUACGACCCCAAGCCAAUGGUUGAUGCUCUAGCUAAAGCAGUUGCUGAGAGAGAGCAAGUUACACAGAAGAAGAGCGCUGAUUAAUGUUCUAUGUUAUUAACAAACAUCAAUUGUAAUCUGUCUAUUGUAAACAUUAUUGUUAUAAACACUAUGUUGUUAAUUCUGUUUUGGAACUGUGGCUCUCAAAACCAAAUAAGGCUAUAAAUAAUAGAAAAAGUCAAGUCCAGAGGCAGCCAUUGAAUUUUUUAAUCCAAAGGGAUUGUUGUAACUCAAUAUUUACACAAUAUUUAAGGUAGCAAGCUGGCAGAAACGUUAGAACACCAGGCGAAAUACUUAGCAGUAUUUCAUCUGUCUUUAUGUUCUGAGUUCAAAUUCCGCUGAGGUCGACUCUGCCUUUCAUCCUUCCGGGGUUGAUAAAUUAAGUACCAGUUACGCACUGGGGUCGAUGUAAUCACCUUAAUCCCUUUGUCUGUCCUUGUUUGUCCCCUCUAUGUUUAGCCCCUUGUGGGCAAUAAAGAAAUAAGAAACGUUAGAACACCAGGCAAAAUGCUUAGCAAUAUUUCAUCUGUCUUUGUGUUCUGAGUUCAAAUUCCGCUGAGGUCAACUCUGCCUUUCAUCCUUUCAGGAUCAAUAAAUUAAGUACCAGUUGCAUACUGGGGUUGAUCUAAUCGACUGCUCCCUCCUCCCCAAAAUUUCAGGCCUUGUGCCUAGAGUACAAAAGAAUAUUACAGACAACUAAAGCAGGAAGCUGGCAGAAAUGUUAGCACACUGGGCGAAAUGCUUAGCGGUAUUUCAUCUGUCUUAUGUUCUGAGUUCAAAUCCCUCUGAGGUCAACAUUGCCUUCCGUCCUUUUGGGGUCGAUAAAUUAAGUACCAGUUGUGUACUGGAGCUGGUUUAAUCGACUACCCCCCCCCCACUCCCCAGAAAUUUCGGGUCUUGUGCCUAGAGUAGAAAAGAAUAUUUACGCACUAUUUGUUCUGAGUUCAAAUUUUGCCAUGGUCAGCAUUGCCUUUCAUCCUCUCAGGGUCGAUAAAAUGAGUACAUGUUGAGCACUGUGGGUUGAUGUAAUCAACCUAAAUCUUUCCAUGAACAUGCUGGCCUUGUAACCAAAUUUGAAAUCAAUAUCUACAUGCUGUUAUAUUUAUAGCUUUAUUUGCUUCAAGAUCUACCAUUCCAAAAAAUAAUUAUUUCACGUUCUCUUGAAAGUUUAUAAAUUCUAAUGAUGUUAAUAAUGGUAUCAUUGUAAAUGCUGUGAUAUUAUUGUGAACUUUACAGUCAUAUUGUAAACACUAUUGCCUUAGUGUAAACAAUAUUGUACAAAACGACAUGCAUUCCCUUAUUUAUCUACCAUGUGAUUUAAGAAAAAUCAAUUUUUUUUUUGCAACACAAUGGAGUCAUUGCAGUAUUAAAAUGAUUAUUAAUGAUAGUCACAAUGUUAGUCACAAUGAUAGUCAAAAUGAUUAUUAAUGAUAGUCACAAUAGUUUGACAGCUUUGCUGUUUGUGAAAACUUACUUUGCCUCAUACUAAAAAAAAACAUAUAUAUAUAUUAUUUAUUUAAGGUCACAAUACAUGUAUUAAAGCGCUACUAAUAGUUUCAUAUGUUGAGAGAACUCAAACAUAGUCUUCAGGUGCAAACCACAUAUUAUAAUGAACUAAAGAAAUUGAAUAAUAGAAAGAAGGUGAAAUAAACUGAGAAGAUUUGCACCUGAAGAAUAUAUUUGAGUUUUCUCAACAUAUGAAACUAUUAGUAGUGCUUUAAUACAUGUAUUGUGACUUUAAAUAAAUAAUAUUUAUCUCUCACCAGAUAGAGUACUUUUUUUGUUGAAUUUUCUUCAUGGA